AUGGCAUCCAGAUGGAAAAAGAAGGUGGGCAGGCCUAAAACAACAUGGAGGAGAACAGUGGAAAAGGAAAAGUUGGGUGGAUGGAAAAAUCUGAGGUCAGGGGAAGAGCACAACACAGACAUAACUGGAAGACAAGCGUUAUGCCCUUAUGUGCCAGGAGUUGAGGACGCCGGUGGAAAAUGUCUACCAUGUAUUGUCGAUGUCCGCAAUGAAUCCCAGAUCCAAGCCGCUGUGGAUGCCGCUGUCAACAUGUUUGGUGGGAUUGAUAUCUUAAUUAACAAUGCAAGUGCAAUCAAUACAACUGGUACAUUGUAUACAGAUAUUAAACGAUAUGAUCUGAUGAUGAAUAUAAACACCAGGGGAACAUUCCUAACUUCCAAGCUGUGUUUACCUCAUUUAUUGAAGGGUAGAAAUCCUCAUAUACUGAAUAUUAGUCCUCCUCUUAAUAUGAAUCCAGAUUGGUUUAAGAUCCAUGUUGCCUACACAAUGGCUAAAUAUGGGAUGUCAAUGUGUGUGCUGGGAAUGGCUGAAGAAUUCAGAUCUGAUGGUAUUGCAGUCAAUGCGCUCUGGCCAAGAACAUUGAUAGACACAGCAGCUGCAACUUUCGUUGGAGGCAAGCAUAUUUCUGACCAUACUCGUAAACCAGAGAUAAUGGCAGAUGCUGCAUAUUUGAUGCUGACUAAAAACAGUAGCAGGUUUACUGGUAAUUUCUGUAUUGACGAUGAUAUUCUGAGAGAUGCUGGUAUAACUGACCUCGAACAAUAUGCAGUUAAACCAG